UCUCUUACAUUCUUCUGUUGCUCUCACAAUGUCUAUGAUCAGAACUUUACAACACUCUAAUGAUAUCAUCACUAUCUUCCAUUCUACCCAAAAUUUGAAAUCAAUUCAAUUGUUGAAAACUCUAAGAAAAUACCAAUUUGCUCAUCCUAAUGCUCAAAGGUCUUACAAUAAAAAGAUCUUUUUCGGUUUGUUUACCAGGAAAAUCUCGAAUGAUGACCAUGAAAAGACAAGAUAUGAUUUGGAUAUCAAAUCCGAUUUCAUUCCAACUUUUGAUCAAUUAACUUCGAUCUAUAACACAAUUCAAAUUAAUACAAUGUGCAAAAAAACUUUUAUAACCUCAUUCCCUUUUUUAAUCAAAGAUCAUCCUCACUUGAGUAACAUCAAAAUUAACGAUAUUAAUGAUAAAAAUAUUUAUAAAAUUAAAGUCUCUGAUAUUGUUUUGCCAAAGAGAAACGAAUACAACUAUUUAAUAUCAAACAACUCCUUUGAUGACUUGGUUAAACAAAAUUAUUUCAAUCCUCCUUUGGUUGUCGAUUGGACAAACAAUUUAAUUUGCUCAAACAAAGAAGACUUUAAAUCAAAAAUCUUAAAUCAUUAUCAAAAUCACUAUUUAGAUGAUGAACUUGUUAAACUCGCAGACUAAUGAUCAGUCUUCUCAAAUCUAUUUUUAAAAACAUUUCAGCAAACCAAUUUAUUGUUUUGCUAUAAACUUCCUAUAACUAUAAUUAUUUAUAUUAUAUUCUCUUAUUAACUAUUCUGACAAUAUUCUUUAAUUUUCUUACUUCAUCUUAACUUAUCCUCUUUUUUUUCUUUUAUAUACAUAUAAUUUUUUUUAUUAAAAUCGUUAUAUAAUUAUAAACUAAAUUAUAAAGGUCAAAACCUUGAUAAAUAAAUAAAUAAAUAAAUAC